CCAUCAGCCGGUAACUCAGUCCUCCAGACACAGUCGCUCCUGCCGGCCUGCGCUAUGGGCUGCCGGGCAGCUGCAGCCUGGCCUCUCCGCCUCCCUGCGCUCUCCACCCGGACACUGGCAGCGCUCCGGCCCGGAGCCUCCGCUGCGCUCUGGACCAGGAGGAACCUGAAGGUGCAGGCGGCCGGUGAGCAGGCGGGGAAGCUGAAGAGCGUCGCUGAUCUGCCGGGGCCCAGCUGGUCCACCACUCUGUACUGGCUCUUUGUCAAAGGCUACGCUGACAGGGGCCACUUGCUGCAGGCGGCUGACGACUGGGCGGUGCUGAGCGCAGGUGUUCAACAUCAGCGCGACUGCGGAGACGGCUUUAAAAGGAAGCGGCUGACUGCACCUCUUCGCCAGAGGAUUAGCCAUUUGUGGUGGACAGCUCCGAAUCACGUAAACCAAAGAUCUCGCCGCCGCCUGCAUCUAACCGGCGCGGUGUCCAGCAGCCAGCCGUCAGCACCGAUCCGCAGUCCGAUCACCGGAACCCCGCCAGCCCUCCACCUGUCAGCAGUCUCAGGAGCAACAACCGCCUGCCCCGCUGCUCUCACCAGCAGCCUCCGGCCCCAGAGCCCCGCAGUGUCCGCCCACUCUUCCCGGCGGUUCGUCUUCCACAAUUAA